AUGACAGACGAGCAAAGAUCGCCUCGUUCGCGCACUAUCACUCCGACCAGGUAUCAGCAACAGGAGCGACCUCUUGACUUCUCUCCAACCUAUCUCAAUGACACUCCGAGCUACUUUGUCGAGCAGGCCCGACUCACUCCCCAGACGCCAACUACUGAUGAUGUCUCCGAGCUCGUGCUAGAGUUUGCUCCCUCCACGGCUCCAUCGCCAGACCUGAGUCGCAGCAAUGGCUUAUUCCCCGAAAGACCCUCGCUCGAAGAUCGGGCGAGCUACUGGAGUGGCUGGCAACAUGCGGCCAUCCUCAGAUCUGCUCGCAGCACGACUGACGAGGUCAGAGACGACCCAGAAGGAAGCGAUGGCGUGCCCGAAAGCGAGGUGAAUACGCUUACUGGCAAAGACGUGGCGUUGCAUGAUAUCAUCACUGGCGACGUAGAAUCCGGCAUGGCUACGAUCCUGCAUACACGCGAGACAUUCAUCAACAACCUGCUCUUCUGUGUCUUCGCCAAGCGCAUGACCGAGUGGAUGGAGGGGCAUCCAGGCGAAAAGGAUCGAUCUCCUCCUCCUCCGCCGGAAGUGCCUAAGCCAGCCCAGAAGACCACUCUCGCGCAGAAGCUAUUGGCCUGGCUCACGCGCGGCGCAUAUCAGACCAUAGAGGCAGAGGAACAGGCAAAGUCGCAAGAGGAGCAAGAAGAGGAGCAGGAAGAAAAGCAUCAAGAUGCCGACGGACUAGCUUUGCAUUCGUUCGAUCCGCUCGACACCAUCCACAAGGGACCUUUCUCGCGCGAAGAGGCUGGACAUCGCGAGCUGCGAUACGAGAAGCUGGAGAACAUACUCAGAGAGCUCGACGCUACAGAAGAUGAGACUGUUCGUGUCGUCACGAGUAUCGAGCUCCGCUGUCGUCAAGAAUGUCUCCUGCUGCUGGCUCGCGCGGCACAAGCCGUAGGCGCGCCGACAUACCGUCUACGCGGCCAGCUCUUGCGAGCUGCUUUGGUCAUGAAGCUUCCCUGCACCAUUCUGGCCACAAUUGACGAACUUACUAUCAUCUUUCCGAGCGAUGGCACAGACCAGCACAAUCUCGUCAAGACGCUUAAUCAGUCAAGCACACCGAUGAUCGGCAAGCUCUUCACCCUGUCAGGCAUACAUCGUGAGCUAUGCUUGGGCCGAUUGCACUAUGAAGAUGCGACAGAGCAGCUCAAGAUUCUGCUCGUACGACCCGCGCCCUAUGAAUUCGCAUAUCUGCCAGUGCUGCUGGGCGUGCUGCAAUCACUGAUCAUCUGCAUGAAUGCUUUCUCGGGCAGCGUUAUCGACGCGAUCAUCGCAGGCACUCUUGGCGGAUCGUUUGCUCUGCUUCGUAAAGUGCACGUCAAAAGUCUGAGCUCUGUCUCUGACAUCCUCGCAUCAUUCAUCGCAUCCUUUGUCGCGGCGGGCGUUGCAUCGACCGGCUUUUUCUGCUACAGCGCCGUCGUCUCUGCGAGUAUUAUCGGCUUUCUGCCGGGCGACUCAAUCUGCAAAGCAACGAUGGAGAUUCAUACUGGCAAUUACACAGUUGGUGCCUCGCGGACGGUUUCUACCGUACUCGACGCGCUCUACAUCGGCUUUGGCAUGCGUGCGGGGGCCUCGUUCUGGCACAUCAUUAGCGGCCAAUCUGUCCAUCAGGCAACAGAAGCAACCUGCCGCAGCUCGCAUGGUGUCGACUGGUGGAACUCCCGCGUCAGCGCGCGAGUCUGGUCAUGGCUACUCGUCCCAGCCUAUUCAAUCGUGGGUGCCAUCAUCCGAAAGGCACCUGUCCAAGGACGCGACUUUCCCGUAGUGAUAGGUCUUGCUGGCCUUGGUUGGACGGUCAACCGACUUUUCACGCUUGCGUUCCCACUGCGCAAAGACGUAUGCAGCGCAGCCGCUGCGGCAGUCGUCAUCGCUCUCGCUAACAUCGCCGGCAAUGUCUUCCAUCGAUCGGCGACAUACGCUCAGACGGUUAUUGCAAUCUCCUAUCUGAUUCCGUCGGGCUUAGGCUCGGGCGGAUUGCUUACAUUCGCAUCGACUGAACAAGCGCAGUCCGCUUCGUCUUCAGCUCCAACAUCACAUUUCAGCACGGAUUUCCUCUUUGCAGCAGAGAUAUUGCAGGUCUCUGUCGGCGUCAGCGUUGGUGUCUUCAUAGGACUAUCGAUUUCACGUCCAUUUCGCAAAGGUUUCACCGGCUUGUCUGAGGUCAUCGAGCCGGAAAAGUGUGAAGUUGUACGGCCAUUGAUCGGCGGUCCACCACAUACGGAAGCCAAUCGACCAAUUCCAGCGAUCGGUGACUGUGUCAGGCCGUCAGAGGGUUACUUUACAUCCGAAAUUUUCCUACGCAGCCAUUGCAUAGUCCUUUGGCCCGAGGUAGUUGCCAUCCAGUUCUUCCAUAUCAAAAGUCAAUGUCCACUGAAGCUUAGGAUGCUUCCAACUGAACGUGCAUUGCCAGAGCCAAGCCGAGGAUUAACAAGUAACAGCAAACACGCGGAAGCAGCAUCAGUGCUUGCUGCUCAGACAGGAGGGAGCCAGUGCCUGAGCAUAGGGAAUGGCGACAAGGAGCUUUACGACGGUCAGGAUGCGCGCAACCCUCUUGCGGCAUGUUUCGCAGGCGCGAUGAUUGGCAACGAUGUCCAGGGGACGCGAAUCACCUGCUAG